GAUGGACCGAGAGAGAGAGAGCAGUCGGACAUCUCUGAGGGAUUCAGCGGAGCCAAACGGUGAGAAGCAAGACAGAGCCGAAAGGGAGUCCAGAUCACACUCAUCAAACCUGUGAGAUGCUCAGACUCAGACACCAUCGGACAGGUGAUUUCCAGCAUUCAGACCAACAAGUGUGCUAGGACGCGCCCCACUCAUUGCUACUGGGUAGCCCAUGCACAUGCACGACACCAUGGGUAGCUCCCCCGAGGUGCUCUCUUGGACUUCGUGCCCCAGUCUGCUGGUGGGCAAGCUGAAGGAGGAGCUCAAACUCACCGUGGUUGGGGACGGCAUGAAGAAAUCAAACUCGCCCAACUCCCAACACCAGCCUCCCCAGGCACCUCCAUCCAACUUACCUCCUCAGAUUAUCACAGACCUGGCCCCGCCGACACACCUGCCCGUUCCCCUGCAGACGCUGCAGACACCCGGGCAGGACGAGGACUCGAUGCUGGGGGGUAUAAGUCCCCCAAACACAGCCUUGAGUGUGGACUCUACACGGAGCGAAGGUGGGCACUUUGACAACAGCGUGCUCCAGCUGCAGGAGCAGGACCACGAGGAAGCCGUAUCGCCGGCCUCCUGUGAGCACGGAGGAUGCGGCAGUGGGAUGGAGGAGCAGAUGGGGGAAGGGGACUGUCCCAUAGAUCACAGUGGAGAGGGGAGGCAGAGCCACCCCCAUCACCCAGAUGACAUCAAGCUUCACUUUCACAGAGCGGGGCCUGGGUCGGGCGGGUUCCUAGAAGGGCUGUUUGGCUGCCUUCGGCCAGUCUGGAACAUCAUCGGGAAGACAUACUCAACAGAAUACAAGCUACAACAGCAAGACAUGUGGGAGGUUCCAUUUGAGGAGAUUUCAGAGUUGCAGUGGCUCGGCAGCGGCGCACAGGGCGCUGUCUUCUUGGGCAAGUUCCGCUCUGAGGAAGUGGCCAUCAAGAAGGUGCGAGAGCAGAAGGAAACGGACAUUAAACACCUGCGAAAACUCAAGCAUCCAAAUAUCAUCAGCUUCAAGGGUGUGUGCACCCAGGCGCCGUGUUACUGCAUCAUCAUGGAGUACUGUGCACAGGGCCAGCUGUACGAGGUGCUGAGGGCGGGGAGGAAAGUGACCCCCAGGAUGCUGGUGGACUGGGCCUCAGGCAUCGCCAGCGGCAUGAACUACCUACACCUGCACAAAAUCAUCCACAGAGAUCUUAAGUCUCCCAAUGUUUUGGUCACCCACAACGACACUGUAAAAAUCUCAGACUUUGGAACCUCUAAAGAGCUCAGUGACAAAAGUACAAAGAUGUCAUUUGCGGGUACGGUGGCCUGGAUGGCCCCAGAAGUGAUAAGAAAUGAACCUGUGUCUGAAAAAGUAGACAUCUGGUCAUUUGGAGUUGUGUUGUGGGAACUUCUGACAGGGGAGAUUCCCUACAAAGACGUGGACUCCUCGGCCAUCAUUUGGGGUGUCGGCAGCAACAGUCUUCACCUUCCUGUCCCGUCCACCUGCCCAGAUGGCUUUAAAAUCCUCAUGAAACAAACCUGGCAAGGAAAGCCCAGGAAUAGGCCUUCGUUUCGGCAGAUUCUCCUCCACCUCGACAUUGCCUCUGCUGACGUCCUCGGAGCUCCUCAGGAGACCUACUUCAAGUCUCAGGCAGAAUGGAGGGAAGAGGUGAAGAAACAUUUUGAGAAAAUCAAAAGUGAAGGCACCUGUAUCCACAGGCUGGAUGAGGAACUGAUCCGACGCAGGCGGGAUGAACUCAGGCAUGCACUGGACAUUCGGGAGCACUAUGAGAGGAAGCUGGAAAGAGCCAACAACCUCUACAUGGAGCUCAGUGCCAUCAUGCUGCAGCUGGAGGUCCGAGAGAAGGAACUAAUGAAGAGAGAGCAGGCAGUGGAGAAGAAAUAUCCUGGGACCUAUAAGCGCCAUCUGGUCAGACCCAUUGUCAGGUCCAACGCUGUAGAGAAGCUCAUCAAGAAGAAAGGAAGCAUGUCCCACAAACCCGGGAUGCCGCCUGCUAAAAGGCCAGACUUGCUUCGUUCUGAUGGCAUCCCCAGCCUCGACCCUCUCCCCUCGCCCUCACCUCUAUCAGCAAGCCCGAAGAUCUCCACGCCUCCUGGCAAAGCCCGCUACCGAAGCAAGCCUCGUCACCGCCGGGCCAACAGUAAAGGAAGCCACAGCGAGUUCCCCGGGGUGUUGAAGCCUCUUGCUGGGGCACCAGAAGACGCCCAGUCUCUCCAGGAGCAGCCAUUCCUCCAUCACCACCACCAUCACCCACCUCCAGAGGGGCCCUUCCUUCCCUUGAAGGGCCGCGAGGAGGCCGUUGUCAACUGUGCCAACAACCUGCGCUACUUUGGCCCCGCCGCUGCCCUCCGUAGCCCUCAGACAGACCACCUGCAACGGCGUGUUUCUGGCUCUAGCCCUGACCUCAUAUCCACAGCUGUGGAUGCAGACACACGACAGCGGACUUCAUCCACCAGCUCCAAUCCUGUUCCAGGUGCUGGUUCUUUGUGUCCCUGCUGCCAGGCUCACCCGUUCCCCGGCUGCUUACACUGUCAGGAGACGCCGCCGGCAUCAAACCACCCAGAGUUACCCCAUUACUCCCUGCUCAACACCCAGGAGAGCACCCCAUCCUCUUUAGGGGCCCCCAGCAAAGAUCCUGCCUCAGACGGAGAGGCCACAAAGAAGGCUGAGCCACAGGAACAAGACGUGUCCCAACGCACUCACACUCUGCUCACCGCUCUGCCCCGCACUCUCAGACCUCUCAGGAAGGGUGGCGAUGAGUCAUCUGAGGAGGAGGAAGGGGAGGUGGACAGUGAAGUGGAGUUUCCAAGGAGACAGAGACCUCAUCGCUGUAUGAGCAGCUUCCAGUCGUACUCCACCUUCAGCUCAGAGAACUUGUCAGUGUCUGACGGAGAGGAGGGAAACACCAGCGACCACUCCCACAGUGGACCCCUGGAGAGGCUGAGCGCCAGUCAGGAGGAACACUUGGAUGAGCUACUGUCACACACGCCGGACAUCCCCAUCGAUAUCUCCACCCAGUCAGACGGCCUUUCUGACAAGGAGUGCGCUGUCCGCAGGGUGAAGACCCAGAUCUCGCUGGGGAAACUGUGCUCCGACGAACACAGCUACGAGAAUCCACUGCAGUUUGGGGACUCAGACUGUGAUUCAUCAGAGGCAGAGUGCUCCGAUGCCACCAUUAGGAACAACAAAGUCGGGGCUCCUUCCUCGUGGUGAAACCCGCCCCGGGGCUCGGUUCUGUUUUUGCCUGGAGGCCAUCAUGUCCCGCUCUGCCCUGCAGAAAAUACAGCAAUAAGAGGACGACAUUGUAAACAAAGCUCCUUAUAGCAAAGCCCCAUGCAAUCUCUCCCAGAACCUCCCACCCCGAACAAACCUUCCCUUCAUAAACCUCCCCAUUCCCCUCAUGUCUAGCACAGCAUCCAGGCAACCCAUGGCAGGGAUUCCCUUUUGAAUGAUAAUGUACAGUAGAUAGUAUAACAUUCAUAAUUUAUUUUUGUCUGAGUUUUGAAGGAAAAUUCAGGACAUCUGUAAAUUCUCUGAACAGAGACGAAAAAAAACUGACAUUUUGAAACUGAGCAUGGGCAAAGUGUGUGUUGUGAUGAUGAUGAUGACGAGAAGGAGGAUGUGUUGACGUAUCAGAGGUGAGCAGUGCGGAGUUACAUCACUGCGAUCGUCGGUCUCAGGUGACUGACGUAGACAAGGAGUGUCACUACAAGCCUGUCAUUGCUCUCAGCGUCUUACUGUUUUAGAAGGAAAUUCCCAACCAACAAGGACCCACUCUUACUGAAGAGCAACCUGCUUUUUCGUGAGUUUACAGUGCAGAGCCCCAGCUCCCUGCCUGGGGCUCAUGAAAACAGUGCAAACACCAGCAUGAACAACCUGCCUCGCAACUGGACUCCCUCUUUCCCUAGAAACCACCACGUGUGUCUAAGUCAGUCAUCAGGAUUCUCGCUGAAUUGUCCAAGCAUGCCUGUGCAGCUCGCAAAAAAACGCUGCCGUAAGACUGCAUGAAGUGGACAAGCUUGCAGAGAAGAAGAGUCGGCUGAGAGUCAAGGAAAAGAUAAACAAAACAAACUUCCUCUGUAACCCAGCUCGUCCUUCUCCAAGACAACGUCAUUGUCAUCAUCAAUCAGAUGUCAUGACCAUGGGGAGUUAUCAGUGUGUGUGCGUGAACACAAAGCCCUUUCCUCUCCAUUUGACAUUACAGUUUCAAGUCUCAUCUCAGGAUUGUUCAAGGACUGUGAGGAACUGGACUGGACCAAUUGUUGUAUGUAGGAAUCUUUGAGUGGCACAUAAUAUGGACCAUAUAUUAAAAAAAACAAAGGUCUUACAGAUAGCCUUGAUGUCCAACCCUUUAUUGUUGCAACAGACAUUAAUUUUAUGUAGAGCAUUUUAGUUGCAAUCCAGGUGCAGUAUCCUAUUUCUUGAAGGUGCAGCAUCUCCCAUUUACAACUUUCCAGCAGGGUAAUUUCUACUGUCUGACAUGCAAUGUCCAAAAAUAAUUGUUUUCUGUGCUGUGGUGAAUAAAACAGCAAUAAUGUCGGUUGAGGCUCAGGUGAGAAAGAGGUGCUCAGGAUGCAGGGCGUCUAGCUGGCUAGACACUACAGUGACUGGUGGCUAGAGAAAAGAGCAGUAAGUGUCAAACUGCUUCCUAUUAUAGAUGCUAUAUUUUUUAAAUUGUCCCAUUUUUAUGAACGGGCCUUUCAUGGGGUGGGGGGGGGGGUGCUCAGGUUUUAUGUUGCUGAUUUGAGAGUAGGAGCAAUAUAUUUAGAGCCACUAGAUGGCGACAGUUACAAUAUUUUUCCAUGUGUUAAGUAAAAGCUCCAUUCCUGUUUUUUCUACACAAUUUAUCUGAUGUUUCCUGUGACCAUCCAAGAAUCAAUAGCAAUAUUACAAUUUUUGACUUGUUGUCUUUGAAAGGGGAUACUGCACCUGUGAGAGCUUUAUUUUUUAUUUUUUAUCCCCAUUAGAGUGUUUGUUGUCCACCUUAAUGAUUCUGCGGUUGAGAAAAAUAAGGGUUGAAUUUAAAGAUAAUGAUGUCAAGACGUCAGCUCAAGUGUGCGCAGACGGCUGAGAUUCUAAGUUAGGAAUAAGCCAGAGACGAGACCACGGAGCAAUUAAGCUGCUCUUGGUUUUCAACAACCUCAUCUCAGUGUUAGUUACUCCUGUAUAUAAACAUCUGUAAAUGUAAUCUGUUAUUGUCCCCCCUCUCUGUCUCUCUCUCUUUUUCUCUUUCUCCGACGUAUCGCACAGCUCUGACAGAGCACUUGUGUCGCUGAUGACCAGCCCGAGGGGUUGAAAAUGAGCAGGAAAUCCUUCAUCUGUAUUACAUCAGUAUUGAACACUGCAGGAGGGUGUGAGUCAAGAGUAGCACAAGGUGAAUCUAAAACUGUACUGAUGGAUCAGUUACCUUUUGCUUGAAAGCUUUGGGAAGGUACCGAAAGCAGCUGCUGCCUUUCCUCGAGCCUCCUUCUUCUCUAUGUUUACGUUGGUGUGAAAUAACUUAGUGUAUUGUAAUGACUGGGUGAUCCGAUCAAGCUGUUAAUAACAUUGUCUUUCUGGCAUAUAUCCUGUGAAGUAUGAUUGUUGUUAAGUUUUAAUUUAAUUUUGAUUUUUUUUUGUUCCUUUGUAGCUGGCCUACAUGAUUAUUGAGUUAAUUUAUUAUGAAUGACUGGUAAGGUGUUCUUUUUAAUUUCAGGCAGCUUUAGAAAUUUCAUGACCUAUGAUUUCUCCUAAAGUAUUAUUUAAAGGAAGCACAAUGAAUUGGUGUGGAAAGAGGACAGUAUUUGUGUGGCAGAACAAAAGCAUUGUCAUAUCAUAGGCAUCAUUUUUGUCUUUUUGACCCUGCGGGGGACCAUUCAUCAUUUAGAUCAUCAAGUAUUGAUUUAGCAUCAGUAAUAAGCAACAUCAGGCGUUCCUGAAGCUUUCUUAUCUCGACAUAAGCUAAAAGGAAUCACUUCUACUACAGCCAAAAGCCAGUCGGUGCACUGUCACAGCAGGGUAAAUGAGAUAGGCGUGAAAGCAUGCGUGAUGCCGAUUUCUGUACUUCUGCAGAGAUCCCCUCCUCUUGUUUUUAAAUCAAAGUUACUUACAUCUGAAUUUCUGUGAAAUUGUUUCUAACGGUAGACAUCAUGUUGCCUCACCCCAUGUAUCAAACAUCUGUUUCUUUGUUACUCUCAUUUCCAACUCCCUUUCCUGUUGAAUGGCAUUACGAUCAACCAAUCCUUUCAGUUUCCUGUAUUAUCCAGUGUACAGUGCAAUGGGUAUCUGGGAGAAUAAAAUCAGAGCAAACAA